AUGCAAGGAUAUAGAACGUACAACAUCGAUGCGCAUCAUGCGUCACAUCACCACGACAGCACCAGCGCAGAACAAAAGCCGUUAGUUGUGGAUUUAAUGGCCACACAAUACGCGAAAUCACAAACACCGCCGCCAUCACCAAACGAAUGCCACUCCAGCCCAGACACAUCGCUGAACAGCAGUCGCACGAGCGGCGGCGAAAUCCCCUCAGAUCCAUCAGUCCGCCGUUAUCGCACUGCCUUCACACGCGAUCAACUAUCACGCCUGGAAAAGGAAUUCUUCAAAGAGAACUAUGUCUCGCGUCCACGCCGUUGCGAGCUGGCCGCACAACUUAACCUGCCCGAGUCUACAAUCAAGGUGUGGUUCCAAAAUCGCCGCAUGAAGGACAAGCGUCAACGCAUUGCCGUCGCAUGGCCCUACGCCGCCGUCUACUCAGAUCCCGCAUUCGCCGCCUCGCUACUACAAGCAGCCGCCAACAGCGUGGGCAUGCCUUAUCCGCCCUAUGCAGGACCCGGCGCGAAUCACAUGCUAGCCGCUUCCGCCAUGCCAAUGUCCAGCCACUAUGCGCCCUACCGCUACAGCCCCUACCAGCUGCCAACAGCGCGUCCAGUGCCACCGCCAGCAAUUCAACCACAUCUCCACGGCAUGCCAGCACAUACAGCCGCCGCAGCAGCUGCGGCUGCCGCUAUGCACAAUGCUCCACUGGCCGCCGCUGCAGCCGCCGGCUAUCCGAGCAUGUUGAGCGCCGCCAUGGCACCACACCAGGGCUAUGCCGCCAUGGCCGCUAUGCCAUCAAAGCAACACACACCGCCACUUGAUCUACAAUCGUCCGCAUCGCCAAAUUCCUCAACGCUCUCGCUGAGCCCCGCCGGUUCGGAUCACACCAAAGUAUUUGAUCGCACACCAGCCGGAGGUGCCACCAUUGCAUCACUGCCCGCCACCAUCAACGAAAUUAAUCAUCACCUGACCGCCACACAGUCGGUUGGACUUUUGAUGACCAGCAACAGCAGCAACAAUAACAACAACAACGUGAGCCUCAGCAACAGUAAUAAGCGUCCCGCAGCCUCAUUCUCGCCCACACAAACCGUUAUUGCCGAACCGAAACCGAAGCUCUUCAAGCCCUACAAAACAGAGGCUUAAGCGUGCUUAAGCUUCAAGGUUGGUGGGCGACGGAGACGAAUGCUGUUAAAAGUUGGUUGGAUGACGGGCCAGCCAGCCGUUGGGGCUUAAAACCAAGCCUGUGGAAUUUCGAAAACCAAAGUGCUGUGAUAAAAUUGGAUAUAGUGUGUGUGUGGGUGCAUAGUUCCGACAUUAAGUGUUAUUAGUUUUUUCUAAU